AUGGCUGUUUCAUUAGAAGCUUUGGCAAUGGCGGGUGCAGAUUAUCUUGAAUUUUCUUUGGAUGCUGAAGAAUGGGAAUCACAGGACCUGAUGCAGGCUGAGACUCCACCCCAUUUACUCGUAGAAGAAGAAGAAGAGCAAGGUGCCUUUCCUACCACCCAUUUCUUCCGGAGUCUCCAUGCGAAAGACGACGAUGCCCCCGACGCCGAUGAUAGGAUCACCGUAAAAUGUAAAUCAAAAGUCGGUGGAAUUAUAGAUGAGAGUAUAGAAAAAUGCUUGAGUUCGAUAAGAUUAGUGGUGAGAGCCAUUAUAAGGUUGUUGCUGAUGGAUUUCAAGUCCUCUUUCUAA